AUGGAACCCAUUCGGCGGAGUCGAAGAAUUCUUGGAAAUAUCUCCAAUACAGUCCGACAAGAUGUGAGUUCCAGUGUUGCCGGGAGCGAGGGCAGCAGCGCCCUCAGCGGCCGUGGUACGCUGGCAACGCACGCUGCCCAGGUGCCAGAGGCGCUCGCAGCAGCCGAGUGCGAAUCGAGUGCCCUCUCAAACGAGAUGCUCUUGCAAGCGCUGCUCCCGCGGCAGCUACCUGCAUUCACCGGAGUGGUGAGACCUAUCGACUACAGUUGCGUGCGGCACGUCGACUCCCCGGAUCGGGAAAAUCACCUGGCAGUCUCUUUUCUGGUCAACGACAUCUAUACGUACUAUCGGCAUUGCGAAAUCAAAUGGAUGCCAAACCCGAAUUACAUGUCUUUACAGCGAGACAUCAACGAGCGAAUGCGAGCGAUCCUCAUCGAUUGGCUUGUUGACGUGCACGAGCGCUUUCGCCUGGUUCCCGAAGUACUCUACCUGACGGUGAAUAUCAUCGACCGAUUUCUCAGCGAGUGCGCGGUCGCUCGGCAGAAACUGCAACUCGUCGGCGUUACCGCUAUGCUCAUCGCAAGCAAGUACGAGGAAAUAUACGCGCCCGAGGUACGUGACUUUGUCUACAUUUCCGAUCGUGCCUACGAACGUGAAGAAAUCCUCCAUAUGGAGGCCGUCAUGCUGAAUGUUCUCAAAUUCGAUCUGACGAUACCGUCUGCCCUCAAAUUUCUCGAGCGCUGGCUCAAGGUCGCCGGCGCUUCUGAGCGUGAACAGUAUUUUGCAAAGUUUUGCCUCGAACUGUGCCUCGUCGACUAUCGGACGCUACGGCACGCCCCCAGUAUGGUUGCCGCGUCAUGCGCCCUGGUUUCCCGGCGGCUGAUCGCGCAGCGUGAAUGGGACGAAACCCUCUACGCCCACACCGGCUAUCAGGAGAGCAACCUCGUCGACUGCAUUGACCUGGUCACGGAGCUGCUGCAGAGCAGCAAGCGCUCCAGCCUCACAGCAGUACGUAGGCGCUACGUAUCCAAACGAUAUCUCGGUGUCGCGAACCUGUUCUAA